GGAAUAUUAUAUUUAUAUUUAUUCAAGAAUUGAUUGAGAAAUUAAGAAGUUUAUACAUCUUGUAAUAUGUCUUGUAUAUGAUGAAUAUGAAAAUAUUUAAGGAUCAAUUAUAAAACUAAAGCGAACGAGGAGUUGGUUCAGUGGUAAAAUCACCCUUACUCCAAGAGUAGAUCAUGAGUUUAAUCCCCCACUCUUACAAAAAGUGAGAGGUUGACUCUCAACUUGCCUAUUCGCACCUCUAGGGGCUUGCUUUGGCUAACCCACUAAUGAACUCUCAAUUUCGCAACUGAGCUUGUCACCCCGAGCUUGCCUGCCUAGGGUGGUUUACCUCCUACUAUAGUUUACAGGCUAUUGCAGUGGGCGUGGGUUUACCCAUCUCUGGUGGGGUUCCCGGCGUUACCCAAAAAAAAAAAAAGAAACUGUGGGAGUGUAAAUACAUAGAAAAGAAGUUUAGGGACUAGUUUGUUAAAUAUUGUAAAUUAAUAGAUUAACUACUCCUGUACUCCGUUGUUUUCUUUCAGCCACCGCCGCCGCUUACCUUCAGUUUCUUCUUCUUCUCUUCUAAUUUUUCUUUUUAUUUUAUUUUUUUUUCCUUCUGGUUUGCCAUUGCACGUACGCAGAAUUGGGUGACCGCACCGGACACAGAGCCAAAAUCCGGCGAGUCUGGGUAACAUAGUUAGAAUUGCUUGUAAUAUUUUAAUUUGACAUUGCUGAAAAGCUCGUUUUACUCGCAUUUCCGUUGCUCGGGUAGUUUGGAAUUUUCGUUCUGCUCCAAAUGGGUUGGAAAGCCGCUCAGAAACUCAUCCACCAUUGGAAGAUUGUCCGAGGUGAUAAUGUGGUGAUAAUCAGAGGCAAAGAUAAAGGAGAGACUGGUACGAUAAAGCGUGUUAUUCGUUCUCAGAAUCGUGUUAUAGUCGAGGGGAAGAAUUUGGUGAAGAAACACAUUAAACAAGGGCAAGGUCAUGAAGGUGGGAUCUUUACAGUUGAAGCCCCACUGCACGUCUCAAAUGUUCAAGUGGUCGAUCCUGUGACAGGGAAGCCAUGCAAGGUAGGAAUCAGAUAUUUGGAAGAUGGCAGCAAAGUAAGAGUUGCUCGAGGUAUCGGUGCAUCAGGUUCUAUUAUUCCUCGACCUGAGAUCUUAAAGAUAAGGACAACACCCCGACCAACUGUUGCUGGCCCUAAGGAUACUCCUAUGGAUGUAGUGUUGGAAAGGACAUAUGAUCCUAAAACUGGACUUGGAAUGCCCGACCUUAUGAGCGUGCAUAUCCAUCAACCUUCCAAGAAGUCUUGAGUGAUUUUGUGUCAGCAAGCUGAUGAUAGUUUCUACCUUUUAAUGCCUCUGCGGGCUGUGGUCAGAGUUAUAACUUGUCGGAAAGGCUGCUGCAUUUGAUUAUUUUGAUUCUCAUUUGUGGUAAAGGGUUGUUGAUGAUGCAACCCAGGGAAAAUUAUUAUGUUUCUGUUGCAGACUGAUUUUGGGUGCAUGAAAAAAAAUUACUCUCUGUUCCAAAAUUAUUGUUCAGUUUGAGAUUUCACUUUUAAUACAAUUUGAACUAGAAAUGAAAAUUCAAACUGGACAAUAAUUAUAAGAUGGUACUAUGUUGCUCCCUCUUACUGCGGUUCUAUUAUCCCAC